AUGGUUUCGACGCUGUGCGAUGAAAGGCGGGGCCGCAGCACAUUCUACAUGUCAUCCAGCUUCGUCAAUAUGCAGAUGCCCGUCGUGCGGCGACGGCGGCGUGCCGGCCCCGAACGACCGCGCCUGCGCGCGGUGCGCACCUGCGUGCAGCGGCUCGCGGCCGCGGGCUUGCGCGGGCGCCCACGCGCACGUCGUCAUGAAAGUAUCCGGCCGGCCAGGUCGCGCUGCCGACGCCCCCGGAGCGCCGCGUCUCGUCGCCGCCGUACACCGGCGAGCGAAGAUGGCCUUCUGCGGCGUCUUGCCCGACGACGAACGCUCUCGUCGGCGUGGCACACGCUCGCCGCCGACGACGACGCACGAUGUGGGAAGUCGGAGCCUGCCACGUGUUUUCUCGACCCGCGGCUCGCGCGCGACCGAUCGCCGACGCGACGCGCGGCGCGCUGGAGCGUGCGCUGCAGCGGCGGCGCGGCGGGGGAGGCGUGCGCGGCUUUCCCUCGCUCGGCGAGUCCUAUCCUCCGCGCCAUCGCCACGCUCUACAGGCAGAACAGCGACGAGUCAACGGCAUCUCAUGUCUCGAGUCUCGAGUCGGAGUCUCGCGCACGCACGGAGGCGUCGACGGCAGCGGCAACGCAAUACGCGCAGAUGCGCUACACGUGGAGUGGAGCGUCGGUGAGCAGCAGAGCUAGCAGCGAGUCCGCCGCAGAGCCGAGCCCGCGGGAGGGGCCAGCCGAGACGACGGACGAGGCAGAGGAGGCGGGCGGCGCACGACAUCGAGUCGACCCCCACGACUCCGUCACCUCCGAGGUCGCUGCCGCCACGACUCACGCCGGAGGCAGAGACGCGCGCGGCGUGGAGUCUCGCGCACACCAGGUGGCGGCACCGCAGGACGACGGAUGCUCGCGCGCGUCUUGGUCCGCGUCCGCUUCACUUCCUGUGCCGGCCGUCGUCGCCCAGCCUGCCUGUCGUGAAUCCGCAAAGCCGGACGCACGAUCGAUCGCCGGCUUCGACGUGAGAAGUGUGAGCAAGAGCAUCAGGUCUACAGACAGCAGCGAUGCAUCGAUACACCUCGCAGCACUGCUACCUCCUUCGCCGCGGGCGCGGGGAACGGUCGCGCCGCGCCUCCAACAGGUGGCGCCGUUCCCGCGCUCGUUCCGGGCGGCGGCGGCGGCGGACGAACCGAACAGCGCGGAGAAUCUUCGUGCGAGCUUCCGCAAGCUCGCGGAGACGCGCAAACGCCAGAUGGUGCCACGCGCUCCGUCUCCCGUGAGAGCGGCGUCGGACGCCGGCGGGCCGCCAGCGAAGAUGCAGUCACUAGCGCGUGGCGCGCAAGACGGGCCGUUGCCGAUGGAAACGUGGAGCGUCGAGGGGGAGGUGAAAAUGGAGCUGACAGGAAAUGAGAGUAUGAGGGAGAGCUUCACGGACAAUGCAACCACCAUAGUUGGCAAGACAUCGGUGGAGACUGAUGGAACGAACGAUGCUGUAUUCUUACAUCCAGGACCUGUUAAGGUGGAGAGAGUGCACUCAUGGAGUCGUGGACGCUCCCUACACGGGGGACGCAAGCAGUCGAACGCCAACCGCUCCCACGAGUCGCUGGCCGCUCUCAAGUACCACCUGGACGUGCCCGGCCGCGGCUGGACGACCGGCAGUGGACAGAACCUGAGCGAGUUGACGGACGCGGCGCCCGGCGACGUGGGCGUGCGCACUCACGGACGCGUCGCGGGUUCGGCCGUCUGCUUCGAGCGUCUGCUGGAGGACCCCAGCGGCCAGCAGGUGUUCACUGAUUUCCUCAAAAAACAGUUCAGCGUGGAGAACAUUGUUUUUUGGAACACUGUUAAGGAUUUCAAGAAAACCGGCGAUUCUAAUACGCUGAAUGUGUCUGACUACACUGAGACGCAUCAUGGUGACACUGUCUCACUGGAGGUAAAGGUUCCUGUGCCUGCUUACAAUGAGACGGUUAAGGGUGGCAAUGUUCUCUUGAUGACCUCUACCCCCGUGCCUGCCCGCAUAAACACGGGAUGUGUUGGAAAUGUCUCAUUGUCUCAGAUGCAUGUACCUGACUAUACCGAGACGGAAUGUAUUGGAAAUGUGUCAUUGCAUCGAAUGGAUGUGCUCGAACACACUGAGACGGGGUGUGUUGGAAAUGUCUCAUUGUCUCAGAUACAUAUACCUGACUGUACUGAGACGGUUCAUGGUGGCAGUGACUCAAUGACCUCUAGUCCUCUGUCUUCCUAUACCGAGACAGAUUCUACUGGAAAUGUCUCACUGGAAGAGGGGAGCGUGUCUGACAUCAGUGUCUCACUAGAACAGAGCGGUGUAUCUGACAUCAGUGCCUCACUAGAACAGGCAAAUGUUUCUGACUCAGACUUUAAUGAGACAGUUUAUGCCGGCAAUGUCUCACUGAAACAGAUAGGUGUACCUUACUUCAAUGUCUCACUAGAACAGGCAAAUGUUUCUGACUCAGACUUUAAUGAGACAGUUUAUGCCGGCAAUGUCUCACUGGAACAGAUAGGUGUAUCUGACUUUAAUGAGACAGUUUAUGCCGGCAAUGUCUCACUGGAACAGAUAGGUGUAUCUGACUUUAAUGAGACAGUUUAUGCCGGCAAUGUCUCACUGGACAAGAAAAACAAGGAAGAAGACGAUAGAAGAAGAAGCUUGCUUCCCUGGCAUAAAGUGACGAAGAAGAACAUUAAGCGUACAGAGAGCGAUCAGUUCAGCCUGCGUAGCAGUCGGUCGAGUCUGGAGGGAGCGGUCGGCGGCUGGGGCAGCGUGGGCGGCGGGGCGGUGAGGCAGCGGUCGCUAGCGAGCUGCGCGGACCUGCACACCAUGGAGAAAUCCGCCAGCGUUGCCAGCAUCGCAUCGUUUACGUCCCGAGAGUCUCUGACGUCGCUAGGCAGGUUAUCGAACACCGGAGACCUCGGCGUGAGGCUGUGCAGAAUCCGACUUCCUAACGGCAGUACUAGCGUCAUGCCGGCCAAUCCUGGUGCGUGA